CCUUGCUGAUUGCAGGUCACGCCAGUGCUGCACAAGCAGUGUGCGCAAGCUUUGACAGGCGAUUGUGCGGCAGUACGGAAUCGCUCGUGGUGGUCUUUAUUUAAUUGUUCUAAAGAAUUCGUUACAUAUCUAUAAAAUAAGAACCAUACAUCUUUUUUGAAGUCCCAGUGAGUUUAUUACACUUUUUUCAACGUUCAACACCUUUUAAAAAGUUUGCUGGACGUGUCAAAGUAUCAGUCUUCUUGUUGAUAGGAAAACAAUAUUUUGCUUACUCAGUAAUAUAUUAUCAAAGUAAUUUGAAUUAUCAAAAUACUGUGGUGAGAUUGCAACUUAGAAGCAUGUCAUCGGAAUUGAAGAAGUUUUUGGUCAAACUCUUAAACAGUGUCGAGGGUUUACACAGUAUACUGAUCACUGAUCGUGAUGGUGUACCUGUUAUUUCUGUAGUAAAUGAAAAAGCACCAGAGUUAGCUACACGUGCAAGUUUUUUAUCAACUUUUGGUAUGGCUACAGAUCAAGGCAGUAAACUUGGUCUUGGGAAGAAUAAAGCUCUCAUAUGCAUGUACAGCAGUUAUCAGGUAGUCCAAAUGAAUAAGUUACCAUUGGUGGUCAGUUUUAUUGCCUCCCAUAAUUGUAAUACUGGACAUAUUCUUUCAUUGGAAAACAAAAUUGAUCCAAUUCUUAGUAGUUUAAAAAAUGCAGUAGUGGAAGCUUGAUGGUUGCCUGUUGUACAUUAUGGGUGAUAAACAAGAAUGCAACGAGGCCUACAAACCAAUGAAAUUUAUAGCUGAGGAUUGUGCAAAUCAAUAUAAGCAGUCGCAUUAUGAAUCAUGCGAAUGGAAUCAACAGCAUCGCAGUUAAAAUUUAGCUGAGCUGUGUAGUUCAAAGAAUAUUAUCUAGCCCUAAAAUUCUCACCCAUACAUAUAACUAUUUCCCACUACCAUUGCCAAACAGCUCAACCAAAUUUUUAACUGCAAUCAUUUAUAUGAAUUAUGUAAAUUUUAUGUGAAAAAAAAUUAUUGUCUACACUUAUCAAGCUAUUGCUGUGUAUAUCGUUUAAAAAAUAUAGUAAUAAAUUUAUACGAGAUAUUACAUCUUA